CCAAAGUUAAUGUCACUUAAUUAGCCUCACCCGCACGCAGCACUCGGUGGACACGCGAACAGAAGCGUCCACAAGCUAGAGAUGAAUUGCGACGAAAAAAGGACAAAGUACAACUUGUAUUUAUUUAUAGUAACGACUUACUUUUUCCACCUUUGUGGUUCUGUACCACCAGCCCCAUUGGGGAGCCGUAUUUCCGUCCACGAAGCCCAAGAAUCAUCUUUAACCGAACGUGGACGGGUUAAACAAGAUGUCACGAAAGGGAACCUUGAUGAGUUUCUUGUCCAGGGAAGCGAACUGCACGAAUCUAGCAAAAGUGGGUAUAAUAAGUUUGGUUCUCGAACUGAAGCGUUUUAUGCAGAUCAUAUUCCAGACUUCAGUAAAUCCAAGGUCAGUGAAGCUGUUCCUCACGAGAGCCUGUCAUGGACUUGGACUAAAGGUAAAGCCAUCAGAUCACAAAGCUUGUUCGACACAGAAGAUGGAUAUCAAAGUGAUUUCACAGGGUUUUCUGGUGUUCCGGGAAAAGUCUUGGUAUCAUCAUCUGACACAGUUCCACAUGCAUCUGAAUGGCUGGCGUUGAAGCCUGUGCUACUGUGUGAUCAAAAUUUCAUGAGCUUCACAGCUUCAGGACAAGGAUUCUCACAACUCUUGGUGGACAAAGGAGGAGCUUCUCCCGUCUCUCUGUUCCAGCUAUCUCUAUAUUGCGGUUACACAGUGAGGAAAUCAUGGAGUGACCUUCAGAUGGUGGUGCCAUAUGAUGCAUGCUACAUUACCCAGGAGAACAACAGUUACGUGCUGCCCAUGCUUUGGUGGGGCAGUCCACUGAAGCUCUCUUGCCCAGUGCGGAAACCUAUGGCUGCAUCGUCAAUCCCUGUCGUCCUCUGUUCCCCUUACGGCAUGGCGGUGUAUCUGUACCAGCAAGAGAAUGGUCUACCAGUGCUGGGGGUUCUUGUAAAUGGAGUUUGGGCUCCAUUUGUCUCUAGCGAGUGUGCAUACCGUGUUGACUCCCAACCAGAAGAGUUUAUCUUCUUUGUCCCAUUCAUUGCUUCUUGCCUGAGAGAUGGGCAAGAACUCCAGCUUGUUUUCGAUAAGCAAGAAAUCAUGCUCUCCUGUACUUUGUCUCCUCCACCAUCUUCCUUACCUCAGUCUUCUGGUGAAACUCUCCAGCCCCAUGUACCAUACACUAAAAAUCCUUCUACGCCUCCUCCAUCUUCAGUCCAAGACCCGAUUGCUGAACUUCCUGAUUUCCGCCACGCGACCGACACUGGCUUGCCAUACACUCAAAUUCCGCGGCUCCCCUCUCCUGUUCUUCAGCCUGACAUUAGGAAUCGGUUUUCUCCAGUUGGCGCUCCUGAAGCGCCACUUCAUCAGUUUCCCUACCCCUCAACUUAUCAACCCGGUGCACCUGCAUCUUCAGCUCAGGAUCAGAUUGCCCAGGUUCCUGGUUAUCCACACCAUGCUUACCCAGGGUUCCGAUCCCCAACAUUUCCCCAUGUCUAUCCUCCCGACUCAAAGCCUGCCAUCCCAUGGUUUUCUCCGGGCGGUGCUCCUGGUGCCCCCUCAAAUACGUUACCUGUUGCGCCUGGUUUUUCAGCCCAAGAUCAGAUUCCUCGGCGUUAUGAUUAUCCCCGAUUUGCUUACCCUGGGUUUCGUUCACCCACAUUUUCCAGUGUUUACCUUCCUGGCUCAAAGUCUGCCAUUCCCCCUCAUCCCUCUCAAGAUAGUGGACCUGGAGCCCUGCCUCAUCAGUUCCAAUACUCCAAAAAUCCUUUACCAGCUCCUCCCCCUUCACCUCCAACACAGGUUCAGAUAGCUCAAUCUCCAGAUAAUUUCCACAAUGUUUACCCUAAAUUCUUGUCCCCUCAAAUUCCCCAAGUCUAUCUUCCUGCCUCAGAGCCUGCCAGUCCCUCUCAAGCCACUGCUCCUCAAGCUCUCCACCCACCCACAAUUCUGGAUUAUCUUCAGAUACCUUCUUAUCCUAUACCUACUGCAGCAAGUUCGAUGCCAAGACCACAUCCUCCCCCUUUCAGUCCACCAAAACAAUCACCAAUGCCACAUUACCAUCUUCCAUCCAAUCUAUAUGGCUUUCACAAUCCAUAUGAACACUUUUUCCAUCCCAAACAAGAUCACAAUGUACUGCCUCCUUCCACUUUUGCUAAUCCCAGCUAUCCUUAUCCCCAAGACCCCAUUUACUUGCUUUCACCUCCAUCUGAGGAACAUCACCAAGCCAACUGUCCCCCUUACUCUCAAACACCUUGUGGCUCCUACCAGUACCCUUAUCUGGAUAGCUAUCCACCCUAUUCACCAAUACACACUCCUGUGUCCCGGUACCUGACUGAGUCACCUGCACCGACACAAAAACCUGUGUUUGGCAAGACUUCCAUUAACCCGUCUGUUCUUCCAAAGCCCAAAGUUUUCUGCUCCUCCAAUCAGAUGGUAGUUCAGCUCCCACCUGGUCCAAUCUCUGAAAUUGUUGUUAAAGAUGCAAAAGGGAAUGAAAUAAGUAUCCAGGAGGCUCCAAAGCACUGUGGGUAUUCUCCUAGCAUCGGAAAAAAUGGCAAAAUCCAUUUUAGCCUCCAGUUACACACGCGCUGUCACAUGAGCGUGAAGGAUAACAUGUACACCAUUAGUGUCACCCAUAUGACUCAAAGUGGCAAGAUGGAGGCUCAGUUUUACUGUCCAGCUGCCGCCUCUUCAUCUGGACAUGAUUGCAACCUUCCCAAAGACCAACGGAUCCCUUGUCAACAAGGUCUGGUAUCCCAGGCAUCAUGUCUCUCCAUGGGCUGCUGUUUCAGCAAGCAACCCCCUGCCUGCUACUACCACAUGGAUGAGUGCACAGUUGACCGCCACUUUGUCUUCUCUGUGCCUGCAUCCCUCACGGAGCCCCCGCUCUUCCCUGGCCAGUUGGGGGUUGCCAACAAUUCCACCUGUAAACCAGUGAAAGUGACUUCUGAGUAUGCCUUGUUCAAGCUCCCCAUGGAUGGCUGCGGGGCUCGCAGAAUGGAAGUUGGGAAAACGUUGAUCUAUAUGGUGGAAGUCAUCAACAUAGUUCAGACUAUCAGCCUCAAUUAUGGCACCAUCACGAGAGAUUCUCCUGUCAGGUUGCUUGUAGAGUGCCGCUAUGUACCAGGCAGUGCUUUAACAGUGAGCUACUUGGUAAAAACUCCUACCCUGGGGCCAGCAGUCCAGACCCAGGGCGUGUUUGGCGUCCAACUCCGCCUGGCUAAAGAUGCUCAGUACACCAGCUACUACCCACAGUAUCACCAGCCCCUGCAGAUGCUACUGGGGAAACCCCUCUACCUGGAAGUGAGGAUGCUCAACGCCCCGGAUCCCACUUUGCGGCUCCUGGUCCACUACUGUGUGGCCUACUCACGCUCUGGAAGUUCGGUGUGGGUGUUGCUUUAUAACGGAUGCCCCAACCCCUUGGAUCCAACCUCUCAGGUUGUGCAAUCUGAUCCUCAAUCUCACUCCCCUGAUCCUCAAACACGUCGCUUCACCAUGACAACCUUCCAGUUCCUUUCUGAAGGAGACAUCAAAGACCUGAAUGAGGAGAUUUACUUCAUGUGUGCAACUGAAUUCUGCUCAACACUUGAUGGCCCAUGUGUCGAGGGGUGUUUUGGUCAGUGAUGUUGAGGCUUGGAUGACACUUGAAGUGAACUGCAACAACCUGGCACGAUGCCCUCCCAUCGUUUGUUUGAACAACAUUUGUAUUUCUUCAUCCUGGUCCCAUAUCUUCUGUUCUCUUUUUUUAGGCUGUAGAUAUUAGUCAUUUAACCACCAAUAAAAGCUCUCCAAGGA